GAGCGAAUUUCAUAUACACCUCCCGAGAGCCCGGUGCCCAGUUACCCUUCCUCGACGCCACUUCAUGUUCCAGUGCCCCGAGCGCUCAGGAUGGAGGAAGACUCGAUCCGCCUGCCCGCGCACCUGCCAAAUGGAAACUUUGACCAGCCGCCAAUUUCUUUCCAUCCUUCCAUUGGACUCACAGCCCACUUGGAAUUCAGAUGUUCGAAGUCCUAAGCCAGCAAUACUGGAAAAUGAGAACAGUAAUCUCCACCUGCCAGAGCUUUUGUGAGGAUCAAACAGAUAGUAUCUUCAAAGGAACAGGCUUGCAGCCCGUUUACUGGAGCAGGGAUGACGUAGCCCAGUGGCUCAAGUGGGCUGAAAAUGAGUUUUCUUUAAGGCCAAUUGACAGCAACACGUUUGAAAUGAAUGGCAAAGCUCUCCUGCUGCUGACCAAAGAGGACUUUCGCUAUCGAUCUCCUCAUUCAGGUGAUGUGCUCUAUGAACUUCUUCAGCAUAUUCUGAAGCAGAGGAAACCUCGGAUUCUUUUUUCACCAUUUUUCCACCCCGGAAACUCUAUCCACACACAGCCGGAAGUCAUACUGCAUCAGAACCACGAAGAAGAUAAUUGUGUCCAGAGGACCCCAAGGCCGUCGGUGGAGAAUGUGCACCAGAACCCUCCCACCAUCGAACUGUUGCACCGCUCCAGGUCACCCAUCACGACAAACCACCGGCCAUCCCCUGACCCCGAGCAGCGGCCCCUCCGGUCCCCCCUGGACAACAUGAUCCGCCGCCUCUCCCCAGCUGAGAGGGGCCAGGGACCGAGGCUCCACCAGGAGAACAACCACCAGGAGCCCUACCCCCUGUCAGUGUCUCCCAUGGAGAAUAACCACCGCCCACCGUCCUCUGAGCCCCACCAGAAGCCAUCCAGCCCCCGGCAGGAGAGCACACGCGUGAUCCAGCUGAUGCCCAGCCCCAUCAUGCACCCUUUGAUCCUGAACCCCCGGCACUCCGUGGAUUUCAAACAGUCCAGGCUCUCCGAGGACGGGCUGCAUAGGGAAGGGAAGCCCAUCAACCUUUCCCAUCGAGAAGACCUGGCGUACAUGAACCACAUCAUGGUCUCCGUCUCCCCGCCUGAGGAGCACGCCAUGCCCAUUGGGAGGAUAGCAGACUGUAGACUGCUUUGGGAUUACGUCUAUCAGUUGCUUUCUGACAGCCGGUACGAAAACUUCAUCCGAUGGGAGGACAAAGAAUCCAAAAUAUUCCGGAUAGUGGAUCCCAAUGGACUGGCUCGACUGUGGGGAAACCAUAAGAACAGAACAAACAUGACCUAUGAGAAAAUGUCCAGAGCCCUGCGCCACUACUACAAACUAAACAUUAUCAGGAAGGAGCCAGGACAAAGGCUUUUGUUCAGGUUUAUGAAAACCCCAGAUGAAAUCAUGAGUGGCCGAACAGACCGUCUGGAGCACCUUGAGUCCCAGGAGCUGGAUGAACAAAUAUACCAAGAAGAUGAAUGCUGAAGGCACCAGCGCACCAUGUCAGCGGGCUGGCAGCCGAGAGAGCCCCUGCCCAGCGGGACUGCUGGAGGCGUGACGGAGCGAGCAGGCGGGCUGAGGAGAGUAGAAAAGGCAGAGACCCAGGAAUGCGAGUGACACUUGGCUUGCAUAUCAGGAGGGACCCAAGAGCACCUUAGACAAACCACCCAGCAAAGGCGGGGCUGGAAUUCAGGCCGAGGGCACGAGCCUGGGACUCGCGGUUCACGUUCCCCACUCAUUCGGAAUCUCUCCGUCUGUAAUUCCUCACCCUCACCCUUCCACCUAUUGUUAGUUUCAUCGUUUUUGUUUUUGUUUUUGUUUUUUAAGACCAUGCCAUUUGACUUUUCAUGAUUCAUCUAGGGGAAGACUACCAAGGUCGUUUUCAUAUGGAAAUAUAUAUCUGUUAUAUAUAUAUAUUUUUUGCAAAUCUCACAAAAGUGCAGCAAACCCAGCUGGUCAGGAAAGAGAAUACUUGCAAAAGGGUUCAGGUUCCUCUUUAUCCUGCCAUGUGAGUCAGGUUUGUUCCUGUUGCUGUUGGAUCUUGUCUGGGAAAAAAAAAAAGAAAAAGAAAAAAAUGUUUUUAAAAAAGAUAAAGUGAAAAGGAGAGCUCUCUUUUUCUCUUUCUCGCUCUCCUUCCUUCCCUGCCUCCCCUCUGCCCUCCCUCCCUGCCUGCCGUUGAGCUUCAGACGCCUUCCAGCAGAGUUCAGCCUCUUGGAGAGUCUGGGGAGCAGUAGGCUCCUAAACAGAAUUGGUGGCCUGGGUGCUUUGGGGCCGGCACCACUAAAUCAGACCCACAGCCCGGCAUUUGGCCACCUGUCUGAGGGAGGCCAAAAACAUCAGAGAUGGUGCUGUCCUCUAGAAAGAUAAGCGCUGGUCCGGCAGGUGGCCCCUGACACAGCUGUGAGAACCCUGAAGCUCCCUGGUUCCACAGAGCGUCAGGUAAGAAUGGAAGGCUAUUCAAGUUGUUGAGAGGGACCCGGCACCUUGGAAUCAGCUUACAGGUGCUGCAAAGUGGUAAAUACAAAAAGGCCACGUAGGCCGGAUGGUCCAGGAACUGGGCGAAGAAUCUUCUGCAGUGGGGUCUAGAGGGUAGGGAGGCAGGAAGGGUCUUCUCCGCUCCAUCUCAAAGGCCAUUGUGUGGUCAGUUCCAUGCCCUCACCUAAUCGUUAUUUUUUUUCAAUUCCUAGCCUUUUUUACAGUUUCCUGGUACCCAUAGGACACAGGGCAUUCGAGAGGGGAGGACUCUGGAGUGUGCGGUCUCGGUUGCUACCAGUGUCUGCCCAGCCCGGGCAGAUGAGAAGUUCUUCACAUACAUUACCAUUUCCUUCUUUCUUUGCAUAGCUGUGUUUCAGAAUGGACUCAUUCGUGGCUCUUUUUCGCCUCAAAAUAAAGUCAAUAGUAUCUUGUAAAAUGAGGGACACACCACCCCUUAGUACUUUUGAUGAUAACAUAUUUUUAGAGAGCUGUUUGGAUUUGCUUUCCUUUUCUAGCCGUCUAAAUUGACUUUUCCAAUACAGGUUCAGAAUCCAACAUUAGGACUACGGUGUUUUUUUAAUCCAAAAGGUUAGACCUGCCUUACAAAGCACCCUCCCCUUGUUUCUCCUCAUUUUUCUCUGUUUCCUCGCCUGUCAGGUGAGCAUCUCACAGCUCCCCCAGGGUACGCUUGUGACUGUAAGAGGAGGCCCUAGGUGAAGUGGCCAGACCCAGCUUCUCUUCCAGCCAUUUCUAAGUUGAGUCAGGCACAGCACACAAGCACGAGGCAUUCUCCCCCAGCCUCCUGGCAAGGACACCAGCCUGCAGGGAGGGAGGCACAGAUGGAUUGACUAUGGUUUAAGGACACUGGAAUUGAGGAGCUGAUCAGGGCUCUUCAGUCUUGCUCUGUUCCUGCCCCUUAUCAGACCACAUGUAGAAACAUGGAGGUAGCCAGCUCGCCCCCACUGUCAUGUGCUCCCCCCCACUCUACCUUCCAGAAUAUUGAGCUUCCAGUGAAGUCAGGGACCUUCUGUGUGAGGCUAGGGGCUCCCAUUAUGAAGGGUUUGGUUUGAAUUUGCUGAAAUAGUGAUGAAAUGCAGCUGGAUCCCAGCAUAACACAGAUGUCUUUCAAGAAUGUCCAAUGGCACACAGUGAUACAGCCUCUAUGAUGACUGAUGUUGUAUCUCAAAUGGAGAGAUUAAGCCAAAUACCUUGAGCGUUGUAAAAGCCAUUGAGUUUAAGAACAAGAGAGAAAGGGUGGAUUUUUUUUCUAAAGUCCUUUGUGUGACUGUGAAAUGAAAGACAAGGGCAUGAUGUUACUCUUCCCUAAAAUUAGGAUAUCUCAUUCUAUUCACCUUACCGAGGUAUGAGGACUCAGGUUCUUUCUAUUCAAAGGAUUUUACAGUUGAAUCAUGGAGGGAAAUUCCCUUUUGAUCCAAGGAUUUUUAAAGCAAUAUCCUAUAAGAAUAUAUAAGAGUUAGGAUGACACUUUCAGGCACUCGAAGAAGAAAUAGAAUGCACAAAUUCCACUGUAGUCUUUAUUUCGCAUCCAGGUAUUACCAAGAAUGAUUUCUAUUAAUUCCCUUAACAGCAAAAGUUCUUCUCAUUUGUUCUUUGAGAGAAUACAUGGGCAGUACCGACACCAGGAAUACAGUACGUACACAAUGCAGACGCCAAAGAUUUCAGAUUUAAUUUAGCAAACCUCGUUGGAGCACCCACUAAACACUCCGAGGGAUUCAAAGGUGAAUCGGGCACAAUCCUGUCCUCUGAGAAUUUCCAUUCUACCUGCAGGAUCUAUCCAUCAAGACAUUUCUCACUUCAACACUAAGUACUAGGGGUGAUGAAAAUUUUACCUAGGACCAAGGUAAAAGCACAUCCAUGAUCAGAAUAGUUGGUCUUUCCCUGCUGCCAUUAUGGAAAUCCUUGACUUGCAAGAUCAGAAAUUAGGAAGGGAAAAUGUAGAAGAGCACUGCAGAGGACAGCUUCCUCCAGCUGUGUCCAGGAUGGACACACUCACUUGCACCUUGAAAUUCCCUAGCAUCUUCUGCUCCUUGCACCUUGAGUUAGCUAGGUUGCCUCUUCUCCAUCAGAAGAUGGCAGUGGCAACUGGCUGGACUGGCUCCUAAAAUCUUUUGUCUAAGGUAACUUGGUCUGCCCUAAAGCAGUAUCACCAAUGUUCCCAGCCUUUUUGUGGGGAUCCCCACAAGCAAAAGGGGAAAACAGACUGAUGGAUUUGCUCUAUUCAACCCUCCGAUCCUUUUGUCUUUUUACACUGAUCCUUGUCCAAAUGAGAAUGUAAAUUUAGCUAAAACUUAAAUGACAGAAUUUGCCUAAAUGACUAACCACUAUUUCCACCUUUCCCCACCUAGGCUCCAACUCUGAAUACAGUUCUGAAACAUUGACUCCCUUUUGCAGAAGGGAGUAUCAGAAAUGUAAUACAACUUGCCCCAGGAGCAGACAACAUGCCAGGGACAGAGUUAGGCUGAGAUCCAGCCCAGCCAUAUCCCCAUUUACCCAUUCUCACCCAGGAAGCUGAAGAUAAAAGAUUUGGUGAAAUUCACAAAGGGCAAUUUUCUUUGCCUAAGCAUUCAGUGCUAGUUAGUUUUCACCCACUCAGCCUGCUCUUCUUUGGGCAAAAACCUGGAAUGAAGGGAGUGAUACAAGAAAGCCAAUGAGAAGAAAGGUGGGCAAUAAUCCCUGCCUUUCUAAAAACCACAGAAGACUAACCUGAUCCUUUUGGCCCCAUCUGCAUCAACACUAAACAACUACAAACUCCCUGAAUCUCACAUAUGCCAAAUCUUCAAGAACAUUCUUGAAGAUUUCUCUUUGUGACUACAACCACCUGCAAACCAGAAUGAAUCUAGAAUUUCUCUUUCUUGCUUUUUUUUUUCCUUUAAUUUCUGAUCUCUUGUUUAUGAGGUGUGGGGUUUAUAAGGGACUGAAUCAAAUGAAUGUAACAAAAAGAAGAAAAAAAAAAACAAAAAAAAAAAAAGCCUUUUCUCAGGGCCAGUGAGUUGCAAA